AUGAAUUCGAGCUAUCGCAUCGAGAGGCUGCAGGUUUCAGCAACCGGAGAGAAUUUCCUGUUUUUCGAAAGAAACGGUCACAGGAUUUCACCGUGGCACGAUAUCCCCUUGUUCGCAGAUGACAAAUGCGAGACGCUGAACAUGAUUGUUGAAAUCCCUCGACAAUGUAAGGCGAAGAUGGAGAUAUCCAAGGAAGAUAGGUACAACCCAAUUAAACAGGACAUUUUGAACGGGCGACCAAGACAACUGGCAGAUAUUCCUCCAUUCCAAGGCUACCCCUGUAAUUACGGUGCUCUUCCACGCACUUGGGAAGAUCCGGAUGCCAUCGAUGCCCUCAAUGGGCUUGGAGGAGAUGACGACCCGCUCGAUGUUUGUGAAAUCGGUAGUGCGCUUGCUAUUUGUGGUCAAGUGAAGAGAAUUAAGCCGUUGGGGGCUUUUGUUAUAUUGGAUGAAGGUCAGACUGACUGGAAAGUUGUUGCUAUCGAUGUCAGCGAUCCUCUUGCAAAUGAGCUUUCGGAAAUUUGUGACGUGGAAAGAUGCUUGCCAGGUUUUCUACAUUCCUUGAAAGAGUGGUAUCGUCGAUAUAAAGUACCGGAAGGAAAAGGCGAGAACACGCUCGGACUUCGUGGACAGCUCAUGGGCCGUCAGUUUGCACUGGGUCUCAUUCAUCAUUUUCAUACUGCAUGGAAACCUCGGAAUGGUUACCCAGAUGCGUAG